AUGUUUUUACGCACGGUCGUCGUAGAGUUGCUCUUCCUUGGCCACUGGCGGCAUGCUGAGGCGACGCACGCAGCACUGGACGAAGAAAAAAUAAAAACGCUGUGCAAAAUAGCCAACCAAUUAACCCUAACGCCUGCCAUAGUGGUAUCCAAGGCAAAUCAAAUAAAGAAAACACAGGAAGCCGCCCAAGAAGCCAGUCAGCUAGCGCAAGCAGCGGCAGCGGCGACCAGCGACGUCAACACGUCAACAGUUUUCCAAGCUACAGCACUGCAAGCGGCUAACUGUGCAGAAACCGCGGCUACGCAGUAUACCAAGCUAAUAAACGACGCACAGGAAGUAAUGCUAAACGGCCCCAAAACAGCCGGACACAUCACCGAAAUAGCACAUUUGCUGCUUAAGCUUAGCGGAGACAACAGCAAGUGGUGCCUUGGAACCUCGAGCACAAAGACAACACACACAACUGUAGCGCAGCUGGGCUGCCCGGGUAUAUACGUUGACACGCCGCCGGCGGCAACAGCCACCGACCCCACCCUAGUCACACAGACCGGCUUCUUCGGACUAGCAGGCGCAGCCAACGUAGAGUCUAGCACUGGGUACACGAAGUGCUACUUACUGAAAAGUGGGGCCUCAACUAUUUGGGGCAAAGCAGGACCGAUCAAUGUCAAAUUAGCAGCCGACUUUCUUGGGCUCACGGCCCAAGACAGCCAUGGAAGCGAAACGGCUAAUCUAGAAACGCUAAACGCAGGCGCAACCAACGGCAAAUUCAACCCAGCAAGCACAGGCCCGCAGAAGCUUUUUAAUGCGAUACACAGGCUAAAUAACUUUGAACUACAAAACUGCGGAAAGACAACCGAAGAGGCGUUACAACUGGCUGCAGCCGAUCCGACGACACAAACCCUAUUAGCACAAGCAUUAGCAGCAAGAAAUAGCUACGAACAAGCUAACCAAGCAACUAGCGACGCUCAGCACAUGCUAAAAGCGGCAGCGGAUGGUAAAGCAGACGAAAUUGGCAAAAAGGUCAUGGAAAAUAUAAAACAGACGUCAACAGCGAGAAUCGAAAACACCAAGCAAACCUCAAAGCAGCUGAAAGAGACGCCAACAGCGGAGCAGCGUAGGCAAUCUAUUCUUCUGGAGCACAUGAACCAGCGGUACCAGAUAUUGCAGUUGUCAACCGACCUCGAAGGUGAAAAGAUCAAGCGAAACGCGGCCACAUCAAAAGCCAAACUCAGCGAUGAUGACUGCAAGGCAAAAACCGGGGGUGCUUGCAAAGAUGGCUGCAAAGAAAUCAGUGAAAACGGCCAAAAGAAGUGCGUAGUGGAUAAGAAGGAGGCUACAAAGGUAGAGGGAGGAGAGAAAGAUAACAAAACAGGAACCACAAACAUUACAGGAAGCAAUUCUUUUGUCAUCAACAAGGCACCUCUUUGGCUUGCAGUUUUGCUUCUAGAAUGA